AGGUGUUGCCAUUAUUUCACAGUCAACCUCGCUGGGUCCUCCAAACUGCUUUCUUGUGGUUAUGACUUUGAGACGCAGUGGUUGUAGCUCUGUGUUAACGUAAAGGAAAAUGACUGUUAGCCACGUUAAUCACCGGAGAAGCUCAACUGAGAAACGGAGACCGGGUCAGCCGGGCGAUGUGUCCACGUAGUUUGCGCAAAGCCGUGUAGCUGGAAGGCUCGCAAGGAACGCAGACAAGGCAACUUGAAGAGGACGGGGGUACGGAGUGGAUUUUCAACAAAGGCAGGGGGAAUAAUCAAAGCUAGCUGGUUGACCACCAAAUAUUAGGGGACCGUUCGCGUCAUUUUCAAAUACUUGUAGAAAGAUAUCAUCACCAUUUCGGUUGAUGGCUAACUGGACAUUAAACUAGCCGGUUAACGUUCGUUGACCAUAAAGUUUCUGCGCGAUUCGUGCUACCAAAACCAGGACCCCCUAACGCUGACAGCCAUGUAAGUCCAAAUUUGAAACCCCGAAACUGUAUUGUUUUAAAAAGUGUCAUGCUGGGACAGCAGAAAUCAAUCGAUCACAACAAGCAGCAAUGUACUCAUGAAACAAAUGCGUAUAUUCGUUGUGGGUAUUUUAAAAACAUUUUUUUAUAAACCUCAGCAAAGAAAAAAAAUGAUUUCAGGCACGCCUUGCUGAUGGGUAAAAUCGACUUGCACCCCGAACUAUAAUCAAAAGAAUACAUUUCUUGCCGAUUGUCAACCUUAGUUUUACUUUUUAUCAUUACAUUUGAUAAAGCGCAGAAAUCUGCUAGCUGGCACCAACCAUCUAGCUAAUUUGACUAUCAUUUGCGAAGGAAAGUGAAUAAAAAUAGAUUAUCGCGCAGGCUGGCUUCACGGUUUCUCCUUAGUGGAGCUAGCUAAGUGGCGUUAGCGUCGUUAAUAACGUCCGUGUAUUUUGGGAAUAAACAAAAGGCGAACUGAACGGCGCCACAACGGAGCUCAGUUCAUGAAACCGUGAAAAGGGAGAACUAGAAACGGCACGAAAAUACCUCGAUUUGUAGCCAGUUUUGUAAUCUGUAAUUGGUAUAUUGUUUGGUUAAAUUGCACACACGGUUAUUUUCGCUACCUUAGUUAGCUAGCUAAAGAACAAGGGGGAAUCGUUUUCUCUUUCGUUGCCGUUCACGUUCCAUGCUCACCAUCUUGCAUGUUGGUUCAUGUUUUAGUGACUCUUAAGCUGUGAAUGUUACAUAAUUUAACGUUAUAUGGCUAGUUAGCUGUGUAUUCCACCUGCAAGGGAGUACCCUCCUACAGUUGGGAAAUAAAGCCUCGUCUCUCAAGUGAAAAUAAAUCAAAUAAGUGAAAUUCCUGGGCGUUGCCACACUAUUGUGUACAGUUCGGGCAGGUUACAAGGGAUAGUUUCAUUAAAACGGCACACCUGGCGGAUGUGUCAGUUUCUCCGAAUGACACUUGUCAAUUCCAGCGAUUGUCUUUUACGAAACGAAUCAGUCAGCGUAAGUGGGCUACCAGUGGUGCGACACGCUUACGAAAAUAAUUGUAAAUGAUCUUAAAUGACCCAAAUUGGUGGACUAUCUUAAAAUGAGCUUGUUUUCUUAUUUCUGGUUUUUGAAACUUUUUUUUUUGACUUUUUAAGAACCGACUUGGAUGUGAGAAGUCCGAGGUAUUUUGUAAUAAGCGCUUUUGUUACCAAGUUUCUCAACUAGGUACACCACAACCCCCCAUCUAUAAAAAAGAAAGAAAGAAAGAAACCGCCCAAAGCGAUCCUCCUUUUGAGAGACUGGACAAACAUGACCGCUGUCGCGGGCCGAGUUUGGGGGUGGGUGCGUCCAGCUUUCUCGUACCGCCCCUGGGGCGGCAAGCCGGACCCUGACUAUGAAGAACCCUUAAAAGGGGGUUGGGGCUGGCCAGGUGUGACCACUUGGAUUUGGGGUGGGUGGAAGAGGCAGAGCGACCCAAUGGAAGCGGCCGUGCAGUACUGGGAGACGGAGGAGAGCAUCGAAAACAUCGAGGCCAAAGACCUCGGAGCCGCCAGGACGGCGGCGGAGGAUACCACGGACAGCGCCCCCCGGUGGUGGAGCAGAGUACUGCCUUCGACAUUUGUUUUUUGGCCGCGGGCAGCGGAUUCGCAGGGGCCUACACAGCGGCCUGGGGGGGCCCAGGGAGGUUGGGAUUCUGACAAAGACGGGGCAGAGUCAGAUUACGGGACCCCUCCGCCAUCGCCCACCCCGCCCUCCUCCCUCCCCCACCCGGCCUCCCCGUUCCGGCUGUUCGCCGGGUCCUGGAAGGGAGAGGUUCUCCCCGAGCACUACGAGAUCUGCUUCAACUUCGUUCGCCACCUCUUCGACCUGCUGGUGGUGGGCUUCCUGUGGGCCGUCUCGGUGCCGGUGCGGGCCGUCCUGGAGGUGGCGGGCCUGCAGGGGGCGCUGAAGCUCUGGGUCCACGGGAUGGUGCUGUUCCUGGUGUCCACAACGGGCAUGGCGGGAAUCCUGUGGCUGAUCCAGGAGUACCUCCCGCAGUUCGCCCUGAUCUACGGCAUCGUGCAAGCCCUGGUCAUCUCCGUCAGUGUGCACCAAAGCAUCAGUCUGGGGGAGGGGGAGGGGGAGGGGGAGGGGGGCGGGGAGGAGGUGGAGGUGGAGGAGAAGGACGGGGAGGAGGAGGAGGAUGAGAGGAACGCCCGAGAGGAAGAGGAGCCUGAGGAAGCCUCGGCCGAGGGCAGCAAAGGCAAGAGCACGGCCUGAAACGGGGCCGGAUGUUCCGGUGAGUUUCUGUCCUGGCCACAGGCUACUGAAAGAAACUAGGGAAAUGCACAUCUUUAAAACAACAUGCACAAAAACCCAGAGUGCCAGCAUCUGAGACUGGAUUCUGUGUGAAAACAAACCCCUUUUUGUCACCUGUAAUGGAAUAAGCCAGACGAUGCUGCCUGGAGUUUUUCUGGGUUUUUUUUAGCCGCCUCUUCACCUGGAUUAUCGUUGUUUCCAUUCAUUUUGCCCCACUUCUCACUUUGAAAUGGGAAAAGGAUUUUUUGCUCUGCUACAAGAAGGCUCCCUGGACUUACUGUCACUACAUAACCCAACUACAAAAGGUUAGACCACUGCCUGCUGUAGACUUUGAGACUCCACACUCAUCACUGGCCAGAGACUUCCGUGCGCUGCACUGUGCACAAGCUGUGCUAUGAACUGUACGAUAUGCUGUUGCACAAACCGUGCUAUUGACCAUUUUAUAUAACGUAGCAUAAACUGUGCUAUUGACCGUUUUAUAUAACGUAGCAUAACCUGCUAUGGACUGUACGAUAUGCUGCAGCACACGGUGUGCGACACACUGCGGCACCAACUGCACCAUCGCCUGUGCCAUGAGCCGCGCGUUUGGACAGGAAGACGUCCCCAAGAAGAAGGGAAGAGAGAAAAUGGAGAAUGAUAAACAGAUCUAUUGGGCUAUUGUUUUCUUUUAAUAGCCCAACAACCCGUAUGAGUCUUAAUUGUGGGGUCUUGCUUCAGGCUCGAGACCUACCACAC